UCCUUUUAUUCUGGGGAUGCCAUCUUAAACAGUUAGUCUGAGACAGAGCGGAGACAGAAACAAACCCAGAAACAGACACAGGGUCAACAAUAGGACCAGAACCUGAGUAUGGACAGAAAACACAGUAAGUUGUUGGAGAUGUCUGAGGCCAUCUAUGCUGAGCCAGAUAUGACCAAGAAGGUCAAGUUUAACAGAGGUGAGAUGGAGGAGAGGAUUGUUGAUAUCUACGUCAGUGCAGACACCCUGAGAGACGGUGAGACCAGCACCAAGAGAGAAGAGACAGCAGACGCUGCUCCUAAUAAUGGACCAGGAGACCAGCACUCAGUACAUGUUCAGUGGUGGAAGGGACCCUCUGGAGUUGCUGCAGUGUGUCUGGGGCUGCUGUGUGUUCUCCUACUGGCUGGGAUCAUAGGCCUGUCUGUCCAAUACAGAAACGUCUCAACAAACUCAUCCAUAGAGAGAGACCAGCUUCAGAACAGUUACAACACCAUAACUAAAGAGAGAGACCAGCUGCAGACCAGCGCCAACAACCUGACUAAAGAGAGAGACCAGCUACAGACUGAGAGAGAUGUUCUUAGCGGGUGGCUUAACAAUUGCAAACAAACCUGCCCUGAAGGCUGGCAGAAGUUUGAAUCAAGUUGGUACUUCCUGUCUACUGAGACUAAAACCUGGAAGGAGAGCAGAGAGGACUGUCUGGAGAGAGGAGCAGACCUGGUGAUCAUAAACAGUGAUAAGGAACAGACUUUUCUCUUCAACCUCAAGAAGAGAGUCUGGAUUGGUCUGACUGACUCUGUUAAGGAGGGGACCUGGAAAUGGGUGGACGGCACCCCACUGACCACAAGGUACUGGUAUGACCCACAGCCUGAUAAUGCAGGUCCUACAGGGGAGGAGGACUGUGUUGAGAUACACACAGAUCAGAGUCCUCUGAAGGCAUGGAAUGACUUGUCAUGUGACAUGAAACUCAAAUGGAUUUGUGAGAAAGUGGCUCAACAUCACCAUGACAAUAUACUGUAACAUAUACAGCAGCCUACAGUUCACACCUCUCUCUCUCUCUCUCACACACACACACACACACACACACACACACACACACACACACACACACACACACACACACACACACACACACACACACAUACCCAAGCACACACAUGUUGUAUUUGUUUGUAUUGGCAUAUUAAUACAAUUCCUAAUCCUUUCCUGACAUUGUAGCUUCCUGUUUACCAGAGUCAACAUGAAGUUAGUACAUUUGACUUUGUCCACUCUUUGCAUGCGGUGCAUUUUAUCAUUUCCAAUUAAAUACAUUCUUCUUACUUGAUACAGAUAUUUACAUGCUCCAAUUUAGACCUGGUGAUGACAUUCUCUACAGUACCAAACCACCAUUACAUACACUGUAUAGGAGGGAGGUGACUGUAUCACCAAUCAAUGAGUGUAGUAGAGAUAUCAAAGGAUGUUACUUAAUAAUCUUUGACAGUCAGUCUUUGUUGUCAAGUUACACAUAAGCACAAUAUCAAAUGCGUAUUUUUGUCUGUUGUUCCCCUAUAUUGGUCCCAAAAGAGGGAAGUGAAGUGGAUCUUUUCAGUGGUUCAACCAGCUGUCCCUCUAAAACCCCUCAACAAAUCAGGUUCAUUAAGAAUGAGGAAACCCCCGGUGGACCACAGACAGAGAGCAGAGAGGUACCUGGUGGAGAAGCACAUUAGACCAACUACUUAACUACGUGUCAGUACAAUUAGAAUCAUACAGUAGAUAUUACCAUUAGGAGUCAGUUAGAAAGGUAAUCAUACCUUAGUUAAGAUGGAUGACCACAUCAACAACCAGGUUAUUGAAGAAAAGCAGAUGAGAGCAAUGAGGAGAGUGAAGACUGAGACCAAUCGCUCAAGUAAGAAUUAAGAAAACUUUAUCACACACACACAUUGACAAAGACUUACACAAACACUGAAAAAUGCUAAUAGCAAGUCUUAGUGGACAAGUAAAAAAAAAAGACGUACCUUUAAAUGGAUACUUUAAGUGUAUUCAGAAGCAUUAAAGCUGCAAUAUGCACUUCCAACAUAAACAACACGGUCCCCCUGCCAGUGAUUUGGUAAACAUCUGAGCAACUGCAGAUUGCUCCUUUAAUGAAUCUAACAUGUUAUACUGAUACAGUAACUUCCUCUAAAGCGACUGUGAGAAACGGUACUCUUGCUGCUGAUUAUGUCACACCCUCCAGUGUGUGUGGUAUGUGUGUGCUUUCAUGUGAGUGUUUAUGAGUGUGUUGGUACGUGCGUGCUUGCGUGCUUGCGUGCUUGCAUGCUUGAAUACAUGUGUACGUGUGUGUGUGUGUGU